GUCUAUGUCAUCCUCAGUUUGUUGUUGACACGCUUGUGGUCGGUUCGUGCGAUGGAGCGCGCGUUAGGGACUGUUGGGAAGUGGAUGGUUAGCAGCGGCAUGUGAAGCGCGAGAGCGGAGAGUCGACUGGGAGUUUGGUUGUAGUGUGUUGGCGGAUGCGUGGGGAAUGGAAUGUCCUGUUGUUUAGUUUUGUGUACUGAAAAUAUUUGUGAUGUUGAGUUUGGUAUGUAGGCUGUAUGUUGAUGGGGAGUGAGGUAGACAGAUGUUCAGCUGUAUAGGGUUGGUUUCUGUAGAUCUAUUGCACGUUUGAAGUUUGUCGAGGCACCCUCGGGUAUUGUCUAUUAUCCACCACACCCACUGCCGGGAAAGACAGUCGUAUGCAAGACUGAUAAGGCGGCUGACAUCACCUGGGUUAGUGAUGGCAGACAUGGGAAGUUGGAUGAAAAUCGCUUCAACAUCAGCAGAGUGUCUGAUAGGGAAAGUGCAAUGUACUUAACAGAACAAUUUGUUGAGAUGGAUUUGAUACGUGCUGGCUUACUGGCUAUAUCUCGUGUGCACUGCCAUGCAGGAGGAGUAAACAGCAGCAGUUUUGAGUUUAGGCUAGGAGAAAUACCAAAAGUGAUCGUUCAUCCUGCUGAUGACACAGUAGUAGAGAAAGAGUCCACACUAUUUUCUUGCGAAUAUCGGCCAACCAGACCACUCAUCCACACUUUCACUUGGAAAUUCACUGACAAACACGGCACGGUCACGACUCUGGAUCGAAACGAUGUUCCUGGAGACAUGCAAAGCGGACUGUCCAUUUCACCGGCUAUGAGAUCCGAUGCCGGAGCGUACGCUUGCAUACUAGAGAACGAAUUCAGUAAAGACGUUUCUAGACCGGCAACCUUAACUGUACAAUACUUUGGUGACGUUGAAUUGAUUGUAAAGCCACACACUACUGUCAGAGAAAAGUCAGUGCUCACUGUAGAAUGUCACGUCGAUGCCGUUCCGGCAGCAACUGAGAUCAGGCUCGGUCGUGGUGAUGGGUUAUUCUACUCGUUGAGCGACAGUCAUCACAACAGACUUGUUACCGUCUUGGCUGUGUCCAACAAUGUUUCGUUUAGCGUUAAGGUGUCACCCGAUUGGACGGGACUGCUGACUUGUUUCGCUAUGAAUUCAUUGGGAAACGGCUCGAUGGCAGUGAACGUAACUGUACAAACUCCUCCGGAUCCUCCGAUUGUUGGUGAUGUCGUUUCGUCGACUCAUUCUGUGGCAUAUCAUUGGACUUUGGGAGACGACGGUCACUCGGUCAUCACGCAAGUCAAGAUUUCGUGUCAUAUUUUGGGUUCGAUGACUGUCAUGGAUGGGAUGGCCCACAGUGUCGUGUCUCCGUCGAUCAUCAUUGGCCUCGUGCCUGGAGAAUCGUAUAACUGUAAGUUAUCUGCUCGUAAUGCGAUUGGUUGGAGUGAGGCUAGUGAUGCGUUUCAAGUCGAGACUAUAGCUGCAGCUCCAGCCAAGCCUGUUCUCAGAUCAAAACCGGUAUCGAAGACGAAGACAAGUUUGGAGAUCCACUGGAGUGUAGAUUACACCGGCGGUUAUGACAUCUAUCAAUACACAUUGAGAUAUCGAACCACAGGGACAAGAAGCGCAUGGAAUCAAAGAGUUCUCGAGGUAGAGUUCGCACUCAAUCGAGUAAUAAAUCAACAAGAAGGAAGAUGGAAUUUAACCGGACUCGAGCGAUCAACACAAUACGACGUCGAAGUCAUGGCAUGGAAUCGAAUCGGAUCGAACACAUCGGACGUAUCCGUAUACACAACCCAGAAAUGUGCUCCCGCAGUGGCAUCUCAAGUGAGGACAAACAACGAAGCGGAUGCAACAUACAAAAGCAUACAGCUGGUGUUCACGCUGCCGUCUGACAACGACUGUGGUGCGAUCACUAAAUAUUUAGUGAGAGACGUCGACGGUGGCAAUACACUGACGUCGUCACACGCGGUGAUCGGUAACGUGGUGACGAUCACGAUCACAGAUCUGGAACCGCAACGAGAGUACGAGGUUCGGGUGUAUGUACAGAACGAGUACGAAGUCGAGAGUGUCGGAUCAGAUAGAGUUUCGUUCGUUACCUCACCGAACUCAGAACCAUUGACAUCUAAUGACGGCGGUCUCACUGGUACAAUGAUUGGAAUUAUUGUCGGUGCUGGAUCAGCUUUGCUUAUUGUUUUCAUCACUCUGUGUGUCUGCUUUCGUCAUGGUAGCCGUCGUCGUCGUCGUCGUCGUCACAAGUUAGCUGGUCAUGAGCAGCAGGGAGACAUGCAAGCGAACAAUGAGCGAUCACAUCAAGGUGUUUACCAUGAAAUUGAUGUGCAGGUGCACAUUCCACCAGUGCCGAGUCCAAACGUUAGACGUAUGUACUCACCACGCAGGAAGGAGUGUGUCCAGUCCGACUCCGAGGAAGACAGGAAGGCGAUUGACUCAAGCGAGGAUGAGGACGAAGAUUCAGGCGUAGCCGUGAAGCUUAGAGAGCUGCCAUCAAACGAACGCAGAGCUAUGACUCGCAGUGAAGUACUACAAGGAUGCAUCGAGGAGUUAGACGAGGAGAUAAAGAAGCUAAGGUUUAAUAUAUCAGACGAUGAGGCAACACCGGAUGACAGUGAUGUGAAACAGCCGGCGGCUGCAGCUGUGAAGGGUGACGUAGAGUCGAACCAGUCUGAUGCCGACAGCGUCGAGCUUUCCACAUUUGUGUGAUGCGGUCACACGUGUAGGUAGGCGUGAUAUGUCACCAUCUUGACACUGUUGAGUAUUUUCGAAGUUUUAUUAUAUGAAUGAACUUUCACGAACGGCGACAAUUGUACAUGAUGUAUGUAUUAGAGAAGAUGAAUUUUAGUUUCCUCUUUACGGUACGUUGUACUGCAGCUGACUGUUGCUACACAUGAAAACAUGCUGGAAAUUAGA